AUGGAAAAUCGAAAAGAAAUUGAUAUAAAAAUUCUUGAUGACGAUUGCCUUGCUGAAAUAUUCACCCAUUUACCACUUAAAAAAAGAAUAGAAAUCGAAGAAGUUUGUCAAUGGUGGCAAGCUGUAGGUCGAAAUUCUUGGCAUGAUAUUAAAAAAUUGAAAUUUUCGAAAUAUCAGAACAGUGACAUGACACAGGAAGACAUUGAACAAAUAUUAUUCAGAUGUGGAUAUUUUUUAAAAAGUUUAGAAAUUUGGGACAGGUGUUACUCAAGUAUAUUAUUGUCUGUUCAAGCUUAUUGUCCAAAUCUUGAAAAAUUAGUGGUUCAAUUUGAUGCCUGGAAUGGCGAACAACUUGCUAGUAUUUUUUCAAAUAUGAAAAAUUUACAACAUAUAAAAUUUGAUCUUGGUGGACGUUUUAAUUAUUUAAGUACACCGUAUUAUUUUGCUGAUGAAUUAAUCAAAGGAAUAAGCCUUAUUAAUUCUUUAACUCAUGUUGAAAUUGAUCAUCAUUUAAAUAUAAGUGGUUGCAAAAAAGUCACUAAUUCAGGUCUUGAAAAAUUAGCAAAAUUAGAAUUUUUAACAAAUUUAAGAAUUAAAUUUCUUCCACAUAUUAAAGAUACAAUUUUUAGUGAAUUUCGAAAUUUAAAAAAUGUAUCUUGUGUUGGCUGUGCCAAUGUAAAUGAUAUAUCAAUUCAUAAAUUAUUAAAAAGUUCGAGAAAUCUUGAACGACUUUAUCUCAGAGAAACUCCAAUUACUGUUAAUACACUUUUAUUUGCAAAUGGUUUUACACGAUAUCAAGAUUUUUUUUUCUAA